GAAACAUCAAACAAGAACAUGAUGGCGAAUUUGGAGAGGAAGGAAUUUUUUUACAGGUCGAACGUUUACUGAAUACGCAAGAAGCAUCAGAACGCCGUAAUAUCGUCGUAUCUUAUAGCAGGCUCCGUGCUCAUAGUACAGAGCAAGUGUCUGCUUCUCCAUGAUCCGGAGUCAUGGGUCUCAUAGAUCUUUCAGGUUCACAACGUCCGUGCUUUGCUUCAGGUUGAGUCCUGCUUCAUCUCCGACAGAGAAGCCCCUGUACAACAGAAGCCCUGUUCAGAUUUUAUCAGGUUCUGUACACGAUUCAAAGAUGACAUUGCAGGUGAUGAUCAUGGAGAGCAAUGCGGCUACACUUGGAGAAGUUUCGACUGGUAAUUUGCCACAAUAUGUUGAACUGGUAGGAAAGUUUGGAUUGCCCUUGCCACGGGCAUCGGAUUCGAAAUCUGCACUGUGUUCCUAUCAGAUCAAAUAACUUCCGACACGCAGUGGUUGUUUUUCUUGUUUCACAAGUGCAUGAUUACGAUCAGGGGUUGACUCAGAUCUUCGCGUGACUAACAUCCCGAUCCUGUUGAGACCCCUGUUUUUCGUACUUAACGUCAUUCCGAAGGUAAAAUUCCCUCUUCAAGAGUGGUCGCUUCUGCGGAAGGCGCCGUCAUUGCCCCUUUUGCACCAAACAGCGUCUGAUUCUGAGUUUUGGUAUGAGCGUAUGAUUUUUGAAGCUUUGAGCCCGCGGCGAGAUAUGGUCAGAGAGCUGACCUCCCUCCAGUCCUCAGGACAAGUAUUCCAGACAGUACUAGUUCAGAAUUUUAGAAGACAGCCUCAGCAUUGUCAAGGAAUACUGCUGGUACGAGCAAGCUAGCCUCCCAAGUCGAAACAGGCUAAAAGGAUAUAUUGUGAUGCUAUGGGGGCGAGACCCAUGUUACACGUUUGCUUUCAUCGACGUACUACUUGAUCGGAUCUUGCCAUCAAUUUCGUUCUUUUUAAUGUCUACUAAUGCAAAAAGCGUUAAAAGGGUCUAUAUCCUACACUUUGAGGAUAUGGAGAUUUCACAGAUCAUAAGCAGACUUCAAAC